ACACUGCACUCUUGGACUGGGUCACAUUCUGCAGACGUCGGAAACCUCGGAGGCCAAAACCUGGCUGGCAGUCACUGACUGCGCCUCAUCUCUCCCCAUGGGCAGUCUCCUGGGCAAACUGGGGUUGUCGCCCUCGUCCCCGGCCCAGGUGCGCACCGACUUGCCCCAGAGGCACACGAAGCGCCGGCCAACUCAGCCCCUUCGCCAAGUCCAUCGGGUUCAGUUUGUCCACCGCGCCCACCCUGCCCCGCGGUAUAGACCUGCGAGGAGGCCGCGGAACCUGGAUCCUGCCGAUCCAAGCACGUGGCCGGUCAACGAGGCUUGGAGGCGCUUUCCCAUGAAGAAGGCCCAGUAUUCCACCCUGGGGCCUCUCCCUUCAGACUGGUGGGAAAGUUACUUAAAGCGCACCAUUUGGUCUCUUCGACACCCCAGGCCAAUAUGGAGCCCAGUGACCAUCAAGAUCACUCCUCCUGACCAGAGGGCGCCUCCUUUCACUUCUCCGGAAGGUGUAAUUGACCCUGCAGGUCCCCCACCCUCUGAGGAGCCCCCAGAUCCAUGUUCAAAGGAGACAGUGUUGAGGGCUCUCAGAGAGUGCAGAAAAGGGAAAGGGAGGUUGGAAGAACCACUAUUCCCUGAGAGCGUGGACAGUAAGAGAAGGAGUCCAGAGACCAGACCAUCCGCAUUUAAGCCCCUGAUGAAAAAUGGAACCCUUACUUCUUUUGUGCCCAGGCCUGGGCCUCUGAAGAGAAGCCUCCACUCCUGGAGUUCAGAUCACAGCCUGACUAAGAGACCCAGUUGCUCCUCUAUGAGCUCCUUGUCCAGCAUAUACACAGGUGGCCCCCUCAGCUCCAAAAGAAAUGCUAUUUCCAGCUCUUACAGCUCUUCCAGACAUUUAUCAGAGCCUCGGAAGAGAAGUGUUCCCAGUGUACGGGUCCAGACACCAGAGUGGCCAAUAAAAAGGAAAAAACCCGGUCGUCGCUCUCACCCUCCAGCCCCACUGGUAUCAGAUUUUGCAUCCCCAGGAGAGUCUGGAAGUUCAGGGCAGCAAGAUCCAAAGAGUCCACGGCUACUGUCUAGCCCUGAGAACAUGCUCUCAGAGGUCCCACCUCCCAAGAGUGGUUAUGCAGUCUCUGAUGAGAACUUGGCCUUGAGGAAGAAAGCUGAGCUACAGUGGAGCAAGAAAGCAAAAGAAGACACAACUGACGUCACCACAGACCCUGUCCCUGAGACUUGGCUUGCUGUUGAGCCUUCCCUAUCUCCCACUCUGCCUUCAGAAACAGAUCUAACACAGGGGGCAAAUCCUCAGUUGGAAAACUUAAGAAAAAUGCAGAAGUCUCCAGGUCCACUGGCCUCCCCACAGUCCACGAGAGGGGCAAGCAGUGUGGCCCAUUCUCCUUUGAAGACGCCCAGCCUACCGACCCCACCUGGGUGCACACAGUCAGAGCUCCUUCCAGGCACCUCUCUGGACUCCAAGCCCACAGCUACUUUCAUCCUGCUGACCCCCACCUCUCCCACAUCAGCAGUCACUGACACCACCUGGCCACCUUCAACCUCUCAGGCUGACAGUUCUGCCCUGUCCCCGGACCCACCUGCACCACCCAGCACCCAAAGCACUUUGCUUGGAAUGGUGAGUACCCCAACUCCCCAUCUCUCUGCAUCUGUAUUUUCUGAUGCAAGUUCUGCUCAUCUCAUGUUAAAACCGAUUUGGGGAACCCUGCACAGUAGCGACACUGGAAGCUCCUCAUGUUCCAGAAUUUCAGUCACAGCCACAGCAUCUUCAAACUCUUCCCUCUCCGCAACUCAGGGAACCUUAACUCCUACCUUCAAGCCUAUCUUUGGCAGCACAGAUCCACUUAAAACUAUGCCCAUGACAGCUCCUUUCUCCUCCAAGCAGACGCCUCCUCCGUUUACUCCUGCUUCUACCCAUCAUUUCCACGGCAUGGUUAAGGCUACCUCUGCGGUCAUGUCCACCACCCUAGCCAGCACACCUAAAGACUCUGCUUUUAAGCUACCUUUGGAUUUUGGUGUGGUGCAUGUCACCAGUGCCAUAGGCAACACUUAUUCUGUCCCUUCCACUUGCCACACUUUCCUGCUUGGGAAUGCCCAGGCUUUCAGGGCCAACUUCCCCCCAGCCACAGGCUUCAUUUCCCCGCCACACGACCGUCCUGCCAUUCCCACUGUCCACACAGUCACCAUCUUUACUCAGGUCCUUUCCAGUGCUGUCCAGAUAUCUCCUAGAAGUAGUACUGCUCAUUGCAGGGGGGUGGGCAGCCCUCUGUCGGCCUCAGCCCUAGUACCCACAAACUGGCCUGGAUCUUCCCCCAGCAUCUCUAACCUGAGCCCAACCAUCACAGUUCCCUUGGGAUCAAGCUCAAGGCCACCUUUCCCAGUAUCCCAAGGAGCCAAUCCCCAGCCUGCAUUUGGUGCCACAGAUGGACAGAAGCAAGGGCCUUCCCGGCCAGCCUUUACCCCAAGUGUCAGUAGCUCUUUUCUUUUUGGGAGCUCAGCAGUGGCACUGCCAAUCCCAGUGCCAACUGCAGCUCAGCCAGCCUUCGUCAGUACCACUCAGUCAGCCUUGGGGGCUUUGACACCCUCAGCCUCUACCUCUCAAACCCCUGGCAGCAUCUGGCCAAGCAUUGGCAGCAUGCCAGCAGGUUUUCCCAUGAGUCAAGCUAGUACAACGGGGUUUAGAAUUGUGACUCAGACCCACCAAAGUGGGACUUUUGGCUCAGUGUUUGGCAGCAGAGCCCCACGACCUUUUGCUUUUGGAGGAUUCGUGACCCCUAUGGACUGUGGUGAGUCUGGGAUCAGAAUGACUGGCCCGGACAUGAGCUCUACCUCUGGAGCUUUCAGCAUUGGAGCAUUGCCUAGUGGGACCACUAGCACCAUGACCCCCUUCAGAAAAGGCUGGAGCCAAAACACUCAAGGCCUGCCCAGCCACAGCACAGCUUUUGACUUGGGGAGAGCCAGCAUCUCUGCAAGCAAGUCUAUGGCCCCCAUUGCUCAAAGCACCCCUGUCCCUGGACAAGCUAAGGCAGGCAGCAGUGUCGGUGGUGGGAUGCCUUUUCCACCUGCCCAGGACUCUGUUGGGAGAGGACCUUUUAGAUCAUCAGCCCCUUCAUUUUCCAUUGGUACAAAAUCAAAAACCUCCAAGAAUCGGGAGCAAAGGCAUUCCCGAAGGCAUCACGCCUACAAGAAGUAGUCUGUGUUCCCUGUCACUUCACCCUGAUGUGGACCUCAGCAUGGUUUCUGAAAAACCCCAGUGUCUUCCAAUUUUCUAAAGUAAACAUACUCCAGAUCUAAAGCUGGAGCUUUAGAUGUCCACCCUGUGUGUCCUAAUCUACAGCCCUGAAGAACGUGAAGGAUCUAAAGCAUCUAGUGGCGAGAGCAGAGUAAGGCCAGGUGGGACCAAACGCGCUGGACUCGAGCAGAACCUCACCUUCUCCUUCCCGUCCGCUUCUCUCUGUGUCAGGUGUGCAGUGUGUGCACGGCAGCAGCAUGCAUAAUAUCCAGACUUUGCAAACAAGUUGAAUGUCUAUCAAUAAGCAUGUUUCCAUACAUCCCACCAUCCCCACUGUUGGCAAACACUGGCAUGUUCUCUGUCACUCACUACAGGUUGUCUUUUAGAGAGUGUCACUUAAAUGGAAUCAAAUAGUAUGGAACCCUCGGAGAUUGGCUUCCCUCAUUCAGCAUAACGCCACUGAGAUUUAUCCAAGUUGUUACAUAUGCCAAUAAUUUAUUUCUUUUAUUGCCGAUUAAAAAUCAAUUUUAAUUGUAUUCAAUUAUAUGAGUAUUCCACAGUUUAUUCAUUCACCUGUAGAAGGACAUUUAGCUUGUUUCUAUUUUUUCUCAAUAAUAAAGUCAGCAUAAACAUUGA